AUGGAGUCUAAGGUUAUUGUUGCUGAAGAAGAAGAGUGGGUUGAUGAUGAAGAAUCAUCAGAUGAAGAGGUAGCCUUUCCUCCUCCACAAAUCAACGUGCAAGUUGUCUUCGUUGUUCUUCCCAUCAGAGGUCCACUGAAAGUUGAUCAUAUUUCCAAGAGAUAUUGCCCAUUACUUUUCCGCAAUUCAUCUCCCCGUCCUCCCACCCCCGCUGCAAGUUCAAGGUGGGGUAGAUUUCCAUGUUCUUGUGCCACCUACAAAUGUUUUGCUGGGGCAUCAUCACCUGUUGUUGCCACUAAUGCUGGUAGUACAUAUUGGUUAGGUCAUGGUCAAGGGCAGGGGUUAAAACCUUCAAGUAUACCAUGGGAAAGGGGUGAUCUUUUAAGGCGAUUGUCUACAUUUCAGCUUGCAAAUUGGUUUGGAAAGCCUAAGGUUGCUAGUUCUCUUUCCUAUGCAAGAAGAGGUUGGGUGAACGUGGAUAUUAAUAAGAUUGAAUAUCUUGGAGAAGAAUUUUCCAAUCAACUUGAUGAAGGGCAUAAACUAGUAGCUAAAACAGAGUCUCAUCAGGUUCUUAAACCCACAGAAGUCCACUCCAAGAUCCCCAUCAAUGUGGAUCAACUUGUAGGUUUAUCCAAACUCAUUUUAGGGGACUCAAUCGGUGACAAGCCAUAG